AUUGUACAUUGCAAUUUGUAUUUUUGUGAACCUUGACAAAUCGCUGUACUUGUAGACGUCGGAAUCAAAUUUUAAACUUUCAUUUCUCAGUCGGCCAGAGUCCCGCGAGCCAAAUAUCCCGCUGUACGGCGCACACCUGAUUUUAUCGCAUCCAACGGCUGCCGACCGACCGAAAGGGAAUGUUUUCGCUUCGACCGGCCGGCCACACUGAUUGUCUCGCACCGUGCAUGUGCGAAAACGGCGGGAAAUCUGACUUUAUCACUGUCGUUUGUUUACAUUGGCAUUACAUUGAAGAAUUUUUUUUUUCCGACUGACCGACUCGCUUAACGUGUCAAAUUCAUUUGUUAGGUUCUCCAUGAUUUCAACGACGUGACAUUUCUCAUGCUGACCGAUUUUGCAUUUUCCCCUACCCGUGUGUAAAUCAGUUUUUUUUUCUCGAAUUUUAACUGUCCCGUUUCUAUAUAGAUCUACAUCCGACAUGCAGAGUGCCAUCAAAAACAGACUGUUUGUAAAAGAGAGUUCUUCUAGAGGCGACAGUCUUAAUACAAAGUAUGAUAAAUUAGAGCAGAUCGGUGAAGGCACGUACGGAGUAGUUUACAAAGCGUUGGACAAACAGACUGGGAAAUAUGUGGCUCUCAAGAAAGUCAGAAUGGAAUCGAGCACAGAAGGUGUACCUUCUACAGCGAUGAGAGAAAUUUCCUUACUAAAAGAAAUGUCACAUGCCAACGUAGUUAAACUGUAUGAUGCCAUUUUAUCAGAUAAAAAAUUAUUUCUAGUUUUUGAAUAUAUGGAUUAUGAUUUAAAAAAGGUAUUAGAAUUACGUAAAAAAGAAUUUGGAUUUGGACUACCAGAACCUCAAAUUAAGAAAUAUCUUUACCAAAUGUUAAGUGCUCUGUCGUAUUGCCACAUUCAUCGUAUUGUGCAUCGUGAUUUAAAACCACAAAAUCUUUUAGUCAACACUAAAGGUGAUAUCAAACUAGCAGACUUUGGACUAGCUAGAGCAUUUUCUUUUCCGUUGCGAAAUUAUACACAUGAAGUUAUCACAUUAUGGUAUAGAGCUCCUGAAAUAUUAUUGGGAGCUAAAAUAUAUACCAUGGCUGUAGAUCUUUGGAGUCUUGGUUGUAUUUUCACUGAAAUGUUUACAUUGAAGCCAUUGUUCCCGGGUGAUUCAGAAAUCGAUCAACUGUUCAGAAUUUUCCGUACUCUAGGAACUCCGACCGAUGAGACAUGGCCAGGUGUUCAAAAGCUUCAAGAUUUUAAACCUAUGUUUCCUCUAUGGGAGGCACGUGAUAUAAGUGAUUUCUUACCUGAGCUCACGGACAAAAAACAACAAAAUGUAUUUUAUGCGUUGUGUACUUACAAUCCAGCAAACAGGAUGUCUGCUGAAAAAAUUAUGGAAAUGGAAUAUUUUGAUAAUUUAAGACAGACGUUGCUCCCAGAAACCCCUUGAAGAAGAUAAUUCAUUGAAGUACAUAAAUAUUUUUUUUAAAAAUUAUUUUUAACAGUGAGUUAUGAAUAUUUGGUUUAUUUGGAGUGUUGAUAAUAUUCGAGUUAUAACAAGACUAAGAAUUGAAUUUUAACAAUGUAAAUAAUUAGUAAAUUACCAUUGACCGAAUAUUUAGGUAUAAUGUUGACUUAGUUUUGACCCAGAAAUGUAUGUGUAAAAAUUAAUCGACAUUAUUAGUGGAAAACAUUAAAAUUAACAUAAUGUUUUCAUAAUUUUUUUUUUCUUAAAAUUUUUUAUUUUUACUUAAAAAUUUGUUCUAUUACGAUUUGUUUUGAUUUUUUCCUUUUUUUGUAUUAUUUUUGUUAAAGUAUUAAAAUGUAUUCCACGAUGA